AUGGAUCUUGCCCAAAAGUUUGACAACGCCCGUGAGGCUCUCAAAUGUAUUGACAUGCAUACUACAGGGGAGCCAACCCGAAUUGUAUAUUCUGGGUUUCCCCAGCUGCACGGCACACUACUAGAGCAGCGUGACCAAGCCAAAACAAAAUACGAUAAUGUCCGGAAACGCAUCAUGCUCGAGCCGCGAGGCCACUUCGACAUGUACGGUGCGAUAAUCAUCACCGACACGGAGCUCAUUAAAAGCGGAGAAGCUCACAUUGGUACACUCUUUACACAUAACGGAGGCUUCUCUACCAUGUGCGGUCAUGCAACAAUCGCACUGGGUCGAUUCCUCGUCGACACUCAUGACUUGGGCGUCUUUCCAAAGCGAGAUGAACUGAAGGUUGAUCCCAAAACUCAGACUAUUGAUGUUAAUAUCCAUGCUCCUUGUGGUUUAAUUCGUGUCACUGUUCCUACCACCGAGGAUGGCCGAGAGUCCGAUCCCUCUCGCCCUGUGACAUUCGUUUCAACGCCUGCAUAUGCUGCCGCAAUCAGUCUCACCAUUCCGAUUCCUGCGGAAAAGCGAUGGGUUGAGCUUGCAGGUCGAGACUCGAUUACUCUGGAUAUAUCUUAUGGCGGUGCUUUCUAUGCGUUGAUCGAUGCUCAAGAGCUUGGCUUUGAUGGUCUGAGUAAGGUCGAUCUUUCAAGGAUCGGAGAUGUAGUCAAAAACCUCAAGGCUUACUUGAUGAGCCAACCGGAUGUCGUCGAGGCUUUGCAACACCCUGAAGAUCAGCGACUGUCUUUCCUAUACUCUAUCAUGGUUGUGGACCAGGGCAUUGGAUCACGACCAUCUGGGGUAUCUGGAGCGGAAACAGGUCUAUGUUUUUUCGCAGAAAACUCAGUGGAUCGAUCUCCGACGGGCUCUUGUGUGACUGCCCGUAUGGCUCUUGCGCAUGCAAAGGGUCUGAGGCCUUGCAAUCAAAGCUGGGCGUACAACUCUCUAGUAUCGAACCACUUCGAUACUGGGGCAUUCACGGCGUCAAUUCUCGAAGAGGGGAUAUUACUGCAAGGAGGCAAUGGAGUGGAUAGACAGGCGGUGAUUGUACGUGUGGAAGGGAAGGCGUAUUAUACUGGUGCGCUUUCCUUUAUUGUUGAAAAGGACGAUGUGACCAGUGAAAGUGGAUUUACUAUGGCAGAGUGCUCGGGUUAA